UAUAUAGCUGCAUCUUCCAGGGGUUGGUGUCCUCCUUUUGGUCCGUCCCGCCAUUGGGACCACAUUGCGCACAACAAACGAGCGUCGCAGGGAUGCACGUGCGAAAAUGCUGCAAUGUUCCUCUCUACUGGUGGUCGUCGGUGCUGAAUUUAGUGGUCUGUGGACCCAUCUUCUAUCGUAUACGUCCAGGAACUGCCGGAGUCCUGAUGGAGAAGCUUUGAUUGUAUCGGAAUUGAUCUCAUCUGUUCAUUUUGAUCGGGCCACUGUCGUGUGCGCGAUUGUUGAUUGGCUGAAAACGACGAACGUGUGGUGGAAAACUGUCUCGGCGCCUCGCUGGGGUCCUAUUUAGGUUCGACAUUCAAUAUAAGGUCGUGAUCUAGCGCUUCCGGUUUGUCUCAUCUCUCCCAAUGGCUUCAGAAAAGGCUUCCACCGAUGGCUCUCUUCCCAUCGCGAAGUCCGCCUAUGUCCUUGACGAGCGCCGUCGUGCUGCUCUCGCAGAGGUCGACAAUGCCAGGUUUUCGUGGUUCCAUGUAAAGGUCUGCGCUGUUGCAGGCGUCGGUUUUUUCACAGAUGCCUAUGAUAUCUUCGCUAUCAACAUUGGCGCAACCAUGAUUGGAUAUGUCUACGGUCACAAUCAAAAGCUCAACACUAACCAGGACCUUGGCCUCAAAGUUGCCACCCCUGUUGGUACACUUGUCGGACAACUCCUCUUUGGAUGGCUUGCUGACCAUCUAGGACGCAAGCGGAUGUAUGGCGUGGAAUUAAUUCUUAUGAUCAUCGCCACCUUUGGACAAACAGUUUCAGGUUCCGGCCAUGCAGUAAAUAUUCUCGGUGUUCUUAUCGUCUGGCGAUUCUUGAUGGGCGUUGGUAUCGGCGGUGACUACCCUCUCAGUGCUAUUAUCUCCUCGGAGUUUGCCUCUACGAAAAUACGUGGCCGCAUGAUGAACGCAGUUUUCGCUUCACAAGGGUGGGGUAACUUCAGUGCAUCAUUGGUGGCUUUGAUUAUCACUGCUGCCUUCAAGAGCUCCAUUCUCAAGGAUACUCCUCCGAAUUACCAUUCCGUGGACUAUAUGUGGCGUCUCCUCAUUGGAAUUGGCUGUAUCCCUGGUGUCAUUGCCCUCUAUUUCCGUUUGACCAUUCCCGAGACGCCGCGUUUCACCAUGGAUGUCGAACGCAACAUCCAACAAGCUUCCGCUGACAUCUCAAAUGUUCUGACAACGGGAAAGUCAUAUGGAAACCCAGAUGCCGUUAUCCAACGUGCGGACGCACCCAGGGCGACAUGGGCUGACUUCGGGGCACACUUCAGCCAGUGGCAGAACGGAAAAAUUCUCUUUGGCACAGCUUAUUCAUGGUUCGCCCUUGAUAUUGCUUUCUACGGCCUAGGUCUCAACUCCAGUAUCAUCCUGGAAGCUAUUGGCUUUGGCACUCCUUUAACCAGCGGUUCACAGAAGGUUUACGACAACUUGAAGAAUAUUGCUGUCGGUAACUUGAUUCUCUCCGCAGCCGGCCUCAUCCCUGGGUACUGGGUCUGCUUCCUGUUCAUCGACUCGUGGGGUCGCAAGCCUAUUCAGUUGAUGGGCUUCAUUAUGCUCACCAUAAUUUUCGUAAUCAUGGGCUUCGGUUAUGAUGCUCUCACCAAGACCAAGUCUGCCUCUGACGCCUUCGUCUUUCUGUACUGUCUGGCCAACUUCUUCCAGAACUUUGGACCCAACACAACGACUUUCGUCAUUCCUGGAGAAGUAUUCCCAACUCGUUAUCGCUCAACCGCACACGGUAUAUCCGCCGCAAGCGGAAAGCUCGGUGCUAUCGUUGCACAAGUUGGAUUCGCCCGUCUGAAGGAUAUCGGCGGCACUAACAAGUUUGUCAAGCACAUUCUUGAAAUCUUCGCCCUAUUCAUGUUGACGGGUAUCUUCUCGACACUGCUCCUCCCUGAAACCAAGGGCAGGACACUCGAAGAACUGUCGAAUGAGGACCAGGAAGGCUUCGUCCGAGGUACCGGUCACAUUGAAGUUGAUGACGCUGGCUUGAUCAAGCAAACAUGAUUUAAUUUUACGAGAGCAUUCAUACAACGUUCAUGUCAAGCCAGUAUUAUCAUUUUUAUCACUCCUUAUAUUACACUUCACGUACUAUCUCAUGAAUUUUCAAUAAAUUUGCUCAUAGCAUAUAUAGUAAUUUUAUCUGCAAAGUCCCGUAGAUAUCAUGUAAAAACUAGGAUGGAUUUAGGAUAUAUAAGUUGUCAACCAAAAAUUUCAUCGUUGUUGCUCUUUAACUCAAGUCUCGUAAACCAGACUCAACGAUGAGGC